AUGGAGGAGUAUAUGGGCGAUGCUGGAAAUGAUCAAACGAAUAAUGGGUUACAUGUCAUCACCGGUCAAGUAGAAUCAACCGUUCACGUCUUCAUGGCUGUGAUUCUGUUCAUGAUUGUCAUUUUUCUGGUCGUUCAUAUCUUCAUCCGAUUCCACUACAAAGCAAAAACCGAAUACGCGCUGAACGAACUAAGGGAGAAAUUUGAACGAAAUGCGAAAGGACCAUCAGCAUUUGCAUUGCCAAAAGACCCAAAAACAAAAGAUUUAUCUCCGAAACCAGUGGAAAUACAAAUGGAGCCGGAGCAGUUGGCCCCGAUGGUGCACCACGUGGCACUUGCUAAGGCUGGAAAAGCUGAAGAGCCCAACAAGAAUAUCUACUAUAAGCCGAAUCCAUGA